AUGAUUCAUAUUGAGCAGCAAAAAAUCUAUUGUUCAAACACCUGCUUCCAACUAGGGACCAAUGAUAGGGACAGUCAAACUUUGCAGAAGCUUGAAACGGAAAACGUCGACCUGAAGUGUAAUCUGGAGCUUCUGAAAAGACAGAUCGAGAAGACUAAAAGGCGCUCAGUUGCCUUCGAAGAUGAGGUGUUUGACAUGGAAGCAUACUAUAAAGCAGAACUUCAAAAAUAUAAAGCUUUGACUAUUGAGCUCCAGCAAAAGCUUCGUGGUUAUUGUGAUUCUCCAGUAUGCUCCAAAUCUUCUAGUACUAAAUGUGAUGUUAGUACUCAGACAAUACAUUUUCUUAAAAGUAUUGAGUCUCAGACUGUUAUCAGUGAUACAAAUACUAAUGAUGUCGUUGGAGACUAUUUUGCAUCGGAAUCUGAUAUCGGAGAAAGGGCUACGAUUGCUACCCAAACAUCGACUUGCUUUAAAGACGCUGCUACUGUUACGUAUGUGAAUGACGAUACAUUGAACGAGGCUCUACUCCUCCACAGCUUGCUAAGAAUUCAAGUUCCUAAAUCAACUCAGACUGACAGGGCGGAUCUUGCCUUGGCGGUGGAAGAACCUGACGUUACUUCUUAUGGGCCGCAGCAUUCUUCAACACCAAUCAGUUCCCCUGCACUUGUUCCAGCCUUUGCUACCUGCGCUGCAACUCGACAAGAUAUUUGUCCUAAAACGCAAAUCAAGAAGAAAAUACUCAUAUGUGGUGACGCAAGUGCCAGGAAUUAUUCCUCUACACUUGCUGAGCUUUUUCAUGGCUCCCUGUAUGACACAUUUGGAUAUGUGGGUAGUCAAUCUAAUGUUGCUGGUUUGAUCAGGGCACUCUUUUCCUUGUCUAGUGGACACUCUGUGAAUGAUACUGUUGCUUUGUGCUUGGAUUUAAAUAAAACUUUUAUCGGGUACUCUAGUUUGAAAAAACUUCUGGCAAUUGGAAUAAGUUUUUUAAUAUUGUAUACUUUGUUGAAGAUUUUGUCCGAUAGAAGUUCCAGCAGCAAUGAGCAUAAUGAAGAGAAAAAAAUGAGAAAACGAGCUGCUAUAUUCAAGGCUAAGAAUGUAACGAGAAUAAUGAGAUUCAGCGAAACCUGGCUACAAAAUCAGGAAUUGGCAAAGUGGCUUAGUAGGCGCAAGUCAAUUGUAGACAACAAGGACAUGGCUUACUGCAAGCCAAUUAAUAAGAAGAGUAGAAAUAUUCUACAGCAGUACACAAAUAAUGUAUCACAAAAGUUGGCGAAAAAUAAGCAGGUAGUAGAGGAUCAAAGAAAACCUCAACUAUUUUCAGCUUCACAGCAGCAGCGAAAGGUGGUACCCAGCCAAUGUUACACUAAUAUAAAUAAAAAUACAGCAGAGGCUGUACAAGAUAAAAACUUGCCCUCUUCUCAGAUCAUGAAUUUUGAAGAAGAUACAGAAUCUACAUAUGAAGACGUGGAACAAAGCGAUGCAGAUGAGCAAAUAAACUUAUACGUGGAUAACCAAACAAUGAUACUGCAAAAUCAAAAAACUAUGACAGAACAAAUUUGUCGGCAACUAUCCAGUGACAAAGAUAAAGCAUCCACCAACGAAACAGAUAAAGCUUCUACAAUCAAAGAAGCAACACUUGAUCCCCUCCCAAUCAAUUCAUUGGUCAAUUUAAAACUUUUAGAUGAAAUAUAUAUGGAAAAAUUGCGUUAUAAAAAAUGCCAACAGAGACCCAACAACUUAACCUACAAAAAGAUUAAAGAAAAUGCCGGUGGAAUAACUGAAGAAGCUGGAGAAUAUGACGCAUCAGUUGGCGAAAAUGAGACGGUUGAAGAAGAUGAGGUAGCUAUUGAAGAAAACGAGGUAGCUAAUGAUGAAGAAGCUCUGCAGUCUCUAAUAGGAACAGGUGGCGGUCCUCCAACUUCGAAAGCCCUAACGGAUUUGGAGAGACAAUUAUUAGAGCUGAUAUCAUCCAUUAAUUUAGGCGAUCCUGAUGUGAUGGACACCCUAAAUAUAACAAAAUCUUCAUCAAACGUCGAUGAAGAUUUUACAACAUUCCAUGAAACUGAAACUCCCCAAAAAUAUUUAGAAAAUCUCAAUGGUCUAGAACAUUUGGAACAUGAAAAACGACGAAUACUUGAAACGAUCUUGGAAACGCCAAGAAAAAAAAAGAGACAAGGUAUACAAACAGCAUUCUAUCAAAUGCAUGUGGAAGUUAUGCCGAGGCACAAAAAACCACAUUGGAAUCAAAAAAAUUGGAAGCUUCUGGUUUACUUGAAAUAG